UCCAAUUACUACAAAAAAAAUAUUAUUUAAUGAAGGUUAAUUUGUGGAGGUUAUAAAAACCCUCCACAAAUUAGCAUUAUUUAAAAUAAUUAUGUUGGAUUGUCUAAGUACUAAAAUUAGUGGAGGUUUUAACAGUUUCUUGAAGAGGUCUAUAACCUCCAUAAAUUAUUUUACCUUUUUGAUUUCCCUCCAUUUUUUCAGCCUUUUCCUCCAAUGUUUUACACGCUCACUAAAGCGUUUCCCUCAAAUUUCCAAACCCGAGAUUCUUAUUUUCACUUUCGUUCUGAAAACUCUUUCAUCAAAUUGGCUUCAUCAUAUCGAUGUUCAUCUUUGUCAUCUUCGUACUUGCUCGUCGACCAUUUUUCGUCAUGUCCGUCCUCGCUCGUCAGUCGGUGCUCGUCGAUCAAUGCUCCUUGGUAGAUGUUCAAUCAGUCUCGCAUUUCAUUUGCAUAUCGUAAGUUAAACAAAAAUUUUGAUUUAGGGUUUUCAUCCUUUGAUUUAGGGUGCGUUUUUUAUUUAGGAUUUUCAUCCACCGGUAGGUUUCAUCAUGUGAGUAAUCCUCACGAGGCACUCCUCCUCUCUCUCAACCCACUCCGGUCUCUCCCUCACUCUUUGCAAUCAAUGUUGUUCUGUUUUUCUAUUUCAUUUUUUCGAAUAACAAUGAUGUAAUAUCAGCAGGUGAUAUGGCUUUGCUAGGAAGAAAGUGAUGACAAGUGAAGUGGCUUUGAACAGACAGCGUUGAGAGAGGUCAAAGAGGAAAUUCACAUUACUUUUGGAAUCCCGGUUAAGGUGAAUGUGCUCAUAGCCAACGAUGUUUUUCUUCUCAACAAAGAGGUUAAUGCACCAAUCUACAACCCCGAAGAUCUCAAAAACAUUAAGAAGAUAGUUGAAAGAGAUGAUGCAUUUGAAGAACUUAAAGAAUGGCACUCACUUGGGAGGGUUCCUGUUUUUUGCUGCAUUGUGUGAGGGAACUUUUUAGUAAUAAUAUAACAGGGAAAAUACCAAUUGAGCUUGGGAGUUUGAGAAACUUGGUGAGCCUGGAGCUUAACUUGAACAAAAUUACUGGUCCCAUUCCAGAAGAAAUAGGCAACCUUAAAAACCUACGUUUCCUUUUUAUGAAUAACCCCCUAUUGAAAUUUACAAGCCUUCAAUCUCCACCAGCUGCCGCAUCACUACCAACUCCUUCAGAAAUAUGUUUGUUUUUGGAAAUCCCUGGCAACGCCCCAAUGGAGCAAAGCAUCAAUGAUCUAAGAGCAGAGAUGGGAGUGGAGUCCUCUCCAUCACUUGGGCCCACUGCUAAGCCAACAGAGGAGGAAACUAAGGAAGGGGGUUCAGCUUAAAUGACGAUUUGAUUUCACUUGCUACAUUUUUCAUGUAUUUCACUGUACAAGGAUUUUGGUACUUUGCAUCUAUAUAUGUCUGCUGAAGUGGUUUGGAAAACAGAGUGCAUCUAAUCAUUUGUACCUGCAUUUUUUUAGAAAUUUCAUAACUAUUACUUCUCAUAAUUUUACUGUU